AUGCAGGAGGCAGCAGAGACACGUAUAGUCUGCAUCUCCGACACGCACAACCAGACGCCCAAACUGCCAAAGGGAGACGUCCUCAUCCAUGCGGGAGACCUCACCAACCAGGGGAGCUACUCCGAGCUGAAGAAGACGGUCGAAUGGCUGGAAAAGGCCGACUUCGAGGCUAAAAUAGUCGUUGCUGGAAACCAUGACUUGACUCUGGACACAGUUUUCUUUGAAAAACAUGGCUCGGGUUGGAAGUGGCCGAACCCGCAGGAUCCGUCUACAUGCCGGAAACUGUUGUUGGAGUCGAAGUCAAUCACCUACCUUGAGCACAAAGCUGCGUCGAUCUAUCUCGACUCUCCCGAGGGACCGGGGACCUGCUUCAAGGUCUUUGGAAGCCCAUAUAGCCCCAAGCAUGGGCUUUGGGGCUUCCAGUACGAGCGGGGAGAAGCGUCGAAGCUAUGGAAUGCCAUACCCCUGGAUACCGACAUUGUCGUCACGCACACUCCUCCGGCUGGACACUGCGAUGCAGCAACCAAGGACGACCGGUCAGGCUGUGAACUUCUCCUCCAAGCGCUACAUCGUGUGCGGCCCAUGCUCUCUAUAUGCGGGCACAUACAUGAAGCACGUGGAGUCGAGUUUGUGCGGUGGAACGGUGACACGGCGGAGAUGGGUUCCCCAAAAGAGUGUGUCGAGAUAUGGAAGGAUCCCGGAAUUGGGAACAAGAAGCAGUCACUGGUCAAUCUGACAGCGAAAGAAGGGCGUCGUCUCGACAAUUACAGCCUCCUCACGCCUGCCGGUACUCACUUCAGCCUUACUUCGGACGCCCUGACGUUGGAGCCGAGGGGCCAAUCUGAGAAGACGACUGAGGAUCGCGAGCUUGCCGUUGUUGGUUCAACCUUGCCUUCGCAGGACGACGAUGAGAAUGAGGCGAGGACAGCGGCUGUGUGCAAAGGCGCAUUUGCCCAGGGCCAAGAUGCAGCACGGAGCGAGAUCGGACUGACAGUCGCGGAGCAGAGACGGGCACGUCGCGAGACCGUCAUGAUCAACGCAGCGUACCUGGGUCCGCGGAUAGCUGGCGGUUCGAUACAUUUCAACAAGCCGAUUGGAGUUGACCUUGAGCUGCCUGUAUGGAGAUUCGAAGCGUAA